AUGUUUGCGCAGACCUCCUCUUUCGGCUACCUAAUGUUCUCGCUGCUCGUGCUUAUGGCACAUGAAAGCCGCAGUUCACAUCGUUAUGCCAGAAAUGCAAAGGUUGCGGGGAGGGUUGAAGCUCUAAACUAUGGAGGGAUCGGAGCGGUUAUCGGGCAUGAAAUUACCCAUGGUUUUGAUGAUCAAGGUAAAUCAUACAAAAGAGGACUAAUUGUAGCACAUCGACCACCACCGAGAUUGACGAAGCUCCUGGGGCCUUUGUCAAGACGUCAGUUUGAUGCUAUUGGUAAUCUUCGUGAGUGGUGGGACGCGGACGUGAAGAAAAAGUUUACGGAUCGAGCUCAGUGCAUAAUCAAUCAAUACGGGAAGAUUGAGGUUAGCAGAUCUGAAAAGGUACCGGGAACUGGUCUCAAAAUCAACGGCAAACUCACUCAAGGUGAAAAUAUUGCCGACAAUGGUGGAGUAAAACAGGCCUAUAGGGUAACAUCGUAGAU